GGGUUGUUGAAACAUGAAGAUCCCUAAACGAGGGGGAUACACUCGCUCACUCGAUAUUCACGUUCACAUUCAAAACCCUGAAAUUUUAGGCCAAACCUGACACAACCCAGGUGAGGAGAACUCAGUAUAAAAAGAGAGGGAACCAUCUCAAUUUCAAACUCUCUCUCUCAUCGAUCUUUUACUCUCUCUCAUCAACCCUUUCUUUCUUGUGCUUCAAUCUAAAGCUGUCUCUUUACCCUUGUGGGUUUUACUCCAUUUUUAUUUCUAGGGUUUCCUUCGACGGUUUCAAUUAGGGUUUUACCCACUCUGCGACGAUGGCGGCGGAGAAGCUUAGGGAUUUAAGUCAGCCGAUUGAUGUUGGUGUUCUUGAUGCUACUGUUGCUGCUUUUUAUGGCACUGGAUCUAAAGACGAGAGGGCUGCUGCUGAUCAGAUAUUGAGGGAGUUGCAAAACAAUCCGGAUAUGUGGCUUCAAGUGGUUCACAUUCUUUCCAACACUCAGAAUUUGAAUACCAAAUUCUUUGCGUUACAGGUUCUUGAAGGUGUUAUUAAGUACAGGUGGAAUGUUUUACCUGUUGAGCAGCGUGACGGCAUGAAAAACUAUAUAUCUGAUGUUAUUGUGAAGCUUUCAAGCAACGAGGUUUCUUUCCGUCAAGAAAGGUUGUAUGUCAAUAAACUCAACAUUAUACUAGUCCAGGUUUUGAAGCACGAGUGGCCUGCCAGGUGGCGUAGCUUCAUUCCUGAUCUGGUUACGGCAGCAAAAACCAGUGAAACAAUUUGUGAGAACUGCAUGGCUAUACUAAAACUUUUGAGUGAGGAAGUGUUUGAUUUCUCAAGGGGUGAAAUGACCCAACAGAAAAUAAAAGAGCUCAAACAAUCUUUGAACAGCGAGUUUCAACUCAUUCACGAGUUAUGCUUAUAUGUACUAUCCGCAUCGCAAAGAACCGAGCUCAUUAGGGCUACCUUAGCCACAUUGCAUGCUUUCCUUUCAUGGAUUCCUUUGGGUUACAUUUUCGAAUCUCCACUGCUGGAAACACUCCUUAAGUUUUUUCCCGUGCCAUCGUACCGUAAUCUGACUCUUCAGUGCUUAACCGAGGUUGCAGCUCUUAAUUUUGGGGAUUUCUACAACGUGCAAUAUGUUAACAUGUAUAACAUAUUAAUCGCUCAGCUUCAGACUGUUCUUCCAACAAAUACAAAUAUACCCAACGCAUAUACAAAUGGAUCUAGUGAUGAACAGGCGUUUAUCCAGAAUCUGGCAUUGUUUUUUACUUCAUUUUACAAGUUUCAUAUUCGUGUGCUGGAGUCCUCGCAAGAAAACAUCAAUUCCCUUUUGAUUGGCCUGGAGUAUCUCAUCAACAUUUCUUAUGUUGACGAUACCGAGGUUUUCAAGGUUUGCUUGGACUACUGGAAUUCGUUAGUGUUAGAGCUUUUUGAGGCCAGCCACAAUCUUGAAAACCCCGCAGCUGCUGCAAACAUGAUCGGGUUGCAGAUGCCACUGCUACCUGGUAUGGGCGAUGGUCUCGGUGCACAACUGUUGCAAAGACGUCAACUUUACGCGGGGCCCAUGUCAAAGUUAAGACUACUUAUGAUUUCCCGCAUGGCGAAACCUGAAGAGGUUUUGAUUGUGGAGGAUGAAAAUGGAAAUAUUGUUCGUGAAACCUUGAAAGAUAAUGAUGUUCUUGUUCAAUAUAAGAUAAUGAGGGAAACACUUAUCUACUUGUCACAUCUUGAUCAUGAUGAUACUGAAAAACAGAUGCUGAAAAAGUUGAGUAAACAACUGAACGGUGAGGAUUGGACCUGGAAUAAUCUGAACACAUUAUGCUGGGCCAUUGGAUCCAUUUCUGGCUCUAUGAUGGAAGAACAGGAAAACAGGUUUCUUGUCAUGGUUAUCCGUGAUCUACUGAAUCUCUGUGAAAUUACAAAAGGAAAAGACAACAAAGCUGUUAUUGCGAGUAACAUAAUGUAUGUUGUUGGGCAAUAUCCAAGAUUUUUGCGGGCUCACUGGAAGUUUCUAAAAACUGUUAUAAACAAGCUGUUUGAGUUCAUGCAUGAAACACAUCCAGGAGUUCAGGAUAUGGCAUGCGACACAUUUUUGAAGAUCGUGCAAAAGUGCAAGCGCAAGUUUGUCAUUGUGCAGGUUGGAGAAAAUGAGCCAUUCGUUUCAGAACUCCUUACAACUCUUCCAAAUACCAUCGCAGACCUCGAGCCCCACCAGAUACAUUCAUUUUAUGAAACCGUUGGUCAUAUGAUUCAGGCGGAAGUUGAGAUCUCAAAACGAGAAGAAUAUUUGCAGAGGCUGAUGAAUCUUCCUAAUCAGAAAUGGGCUGAGAUUAUUGGACAUGCACGUGGUAAUGUGGACUUUUUGAAGGAUCAAGAUGUUAUUAGGACCGUGCUUAACAUAUUGCAGACAAACACGAGUGCUGCCAGCGCGCUCGGAACAUAUUUUUUACCGCAAAUAACUCUGAUUUUUCUCGACAUGCUUAACGUUUACAAAAUGUAUAGCGAACUUAUUUCAUCUGGCAUUGCUGAAGGGGGUCCUUAUGCUUCUAGAACUUCCUAUGUGAAGCUUCUGAGAUCUGUGAAGAGGGAAACCCUUAAGCUUAUUGAGACGUUUCUGGAUAAAGCUGAAGAUCAACCACAAAUCGGAAAGCAGUUUGUGCCACCAAUGAUGGACCCUGUGCUUGGUGACUACGCUAGAAACUUGCCCGAUGCUAGAGAAUCAGAAGUUUUGUCUCUAUUUGCUACGAUUAUAAAUAAAUACAAGGGUGCAAUGAUAGAUGAUGUUCCGCGUAUAUUCGAGGCUGUUUUCCAGUGCACUUUAGAGAUGAUAACCAAGAACUUCGAAGAUUACCCUGAGCACCGACUUAAGUUUUUCUCGUUACUUCGGGCUAUUGCUACAUAUUGUUUUCAAGCGUUAAUUCUGUUGUCUCCGGAGCAAUUAAAACUUGUAAUGGAUUCUGUCAUGUGGGCGUUCCGACACACUGAGAGAAACAUUGCUGAAACUGGGCUUAUUCUUUUGUUGGAGAUGCUUAAGAACUUUCAGAAUUCUGAGUUCUGCAACCAGUUCUACCGAUCUUAUUUUGUGUUGAUUGUGCAAGAAAUAUUUGCUGUGUUGACCGACACAUUCCAUAAGCCGGGAUUCAAGUUGCAUGUUUUAGUGUUACAGCAUCUAUUCUGUCUGGUGGAAUCGGGUUCGUUAACCGAGCCUUUAUGGGAUGCAGCGACUGUUCCUUAUCCAUAUCCGAACAACGGGAUGUUUGUUAGAGAGUAUACUAUUAAGCUUCUGGGUGCUUCUUUCCCAAACAUUCCGGCAUCUGAGGUCACAAAAUUUGUGAACGGGCUAUUCGAGUCAAGAGCCGAUCUUUCAACGUUCAAGAACCACAUAAGGGACUUUCUUGUGCAGUCAAAAGAAUUUUCAGCCCAGGAUAACAAGGAUUUAUAUGCCGAAGAAGCAGCUGCGCAAAAAGAGAGAGAAAGGCAAAGAAUGCUCAGCAUUCCUGGGCUUAUCGCACCGAAUGAGAUUCAAGAUGAAAUGGUUGAUUCAUAAAAUAUAUAUGAAGAGAGGGAGGUUGUAGUUAAUUACCAUUGGUUUCUUUUUUGUUACUUUUACAUUUGUGGUAAUCAUCCCUGUUGGGUAAAACUUUAGCCCAAAUUUUUCUCUGAUUAGUGGUUGGUUUGUGGAGGGUACAAAAAGGGUGUUUGGCAUCUUAAUGGUUGUGGUGGAAACAGUAAUAGUAUUCGUUAGCAGUAGUUGGGUUGGUAAUUUAGGGAUAUAUAGGGGGAUGGUCAUAGACAUUGUAGUGGAUGAGAACCAUGGUUGUGGGGUGUGUUUUCAAAUACUUGUAUUGUAUUGGAAUCAUUUUCAAACA